UACACGGUUUCCUGUAACCGUAUGAGUCUGAAUUCCUCCCCUCCUCUCUCAGGUAGCGAUUACGCUCCAUCUGCCUGUCGACCCGAAAUCUACCCCUAUGGACAGCUCUUUGGGCGAUCUGAUGUCAACUUGGCUGCGUCCACCUCCGUCAUCGAGGGACUGCCGGAUGAACAGCGCACCUCCCCUGUUCGCCGCACUUACCUUCUCCUCAUGCUGUUCGACCUGCUCUUCUGCUUCAUCCUCUGGGUUGUGUACGUUCAGGCACUGGCCACUCUACGAUUCGUUGUCACUGAAGUUGUCUACGGAGCGUUUGUGUCACGCACUCCUUGGUUUUCCGCUGCUGUCACCGGAAUAACGUGCUGUAUGUUCGUUGCAAAAUGUUUUGUAUUCGAUUUCCAUCAGCACGACAGCACUUCAUCCGGUCUGAUCUACGUGCUUAUCACAGCUGCACUCAUUUUGACGUGGAUCGAGACGAGCUUUCUCAUUUACCGUGUGAUACCCCAGGAGAAAGCUGCUUCACAAGUGGCUACUUGCUUUACCGUGGACGAAAUGACUGAGACGCGUAGCCUGUUGGGUUCCCUGCGGGGCUCACGCCGUGUUCUGUCCACUUACACCGCAAGUAGGCGAGGGUACUACACACCAUUAGGCUCUCUUUUUGCCGCCGACGUCGGUCGCCGCAUUUCGAAGGCGCCUGAAAGUCGCGAAGCAGCGAUUGAUAUUGCCGCUAUGCUCAGCCGAGCUAACCAGUUGCACUCGGAGGUAUGGUACUUGUAUCGGUUGGAGGCAUGGGGCUCCGAUCCUGUAGACCCGGAAGCGAACUCAGUGCGAAGCGCCAAUUUACCCGGUUACGAUCCCAAAGUCUUUCGACUAGAGACACUUCUUGACGCCCCCGCGCAUAUCGUCUACGAUGAUUUUGUGUACAAUGUUAGGGAUACUGCUUCCUGGAAUCCCAUGGUUGCAAGUGUCGAGUGCCUACAAUCUCUCCCAUCUGAAAACAUCGACAUAGUCCACAAUAUUGUCCAUGAUCUCAUGAAUGGCGCCAUAUCCAAGAGAGAUUUUGUACUGUUACGCCACUGGCGUGAACAUGACGGUUGCUACUCUGUUGGCCUCACCUCUGUGGAACAUCCAAAGUGUCCCCCCAUGAAAUAUUGUGUUCGCGCUCAUCAGCCCAUCAACGCGGUCAUUUUGGAACCAGUUGCCCAACAGCCCAACCGUUGCAAAGUGGUGUGGCUCAUGUGUUUUGACCUAAAACUCUGUUUACCACAAAGGUUGGUUCAUCGCUUCAUGCAUUCCGGACUGUUCGACUUACUUGAGGCUCUGCAGAAACGAGCGAAGUCUCUGUGUCCACUCACCCCACCGGAGAACCCUGACCAAUUGUUUUCGUUUCCCUCUGUCCUUUGA